AUGAGAUCCCUGAUCCUACUGUCCGCCUGCCUGGCCCUGAGCGCCGCCCAAUACGGCCCAUCCGGCCCCUACUCCUUCGGCUACCAGACCGUUGAUGGACAGUCCCGACAGGAGUCAGGCCAUGGGGGCGCCGUCCAGGGAUCCUACAGCUACGUGGAUGCUAAUGGAGAUUUGAGACAGGUGCGAUACGUGGCCGAUGCCAAUGGCUUCAGAGCCGAGGGUGACAUCAGUGUCGACAAGAAGACGGCCGCCGCCGCCGCCCACUUGGCCGCCAUCGCCCCCAAGGCUCCCAUUCCCGUCGCCCCAGUGGCCCCCAUCGCCCCCGCCUACAACCACUACAACCAGUACUACAACUCGUGGGCACCCGCCGCUCCCAUUGCCGCCCCAUUGGCCGCCCCCAUUCACGCCCAGCCCUUACCCACCUGGGCUAUCCCGGCCACCCAUGGCGCCCGAGCUGCCUAUAAGGUGGAGACCCCCACCCACUCCAUCUACAGCCAGAUCUAA